AUGGCCAUCAUCCACAUCAUCUUCUUCCGAGUCCCGUCCUCCAUCACCCCAGCCGAGGAAAAAGCACUCUGCGACGGCGUCCUCUCACUGAAAUCCGCCUGCCGCCUUCCGUCGGGGGAGUCGUACAUCCUCAGCAUCACCGGCGGCCGAGACCGGAGCAACGCGAAGUUCCCCUACCAAAAAGGCUUCACACACGCGUUCGUGUUCAAGUUCAAGUCCGUCGCCGAUCGGGACUAUUACAUGGAGGCCGACAGAACGCACAUGGAGUUCUUGAAGGCGGGCGAGAAGUGGAUCAAGGACGAGGAUGUGGCGGUGAUGGACUUUGAGGAGGAGUUAAGUUACUGA